AUGGCGACCGACUACAAGUUUGAGGGCUGGUUGGGCGAGGACGCCGGGUCCGUCAACGGCAAGAUGGUCUGGAAGGAGUUUGAGCCUAAGAAGUGGGAAGAGAACGACAUCGACAUCAAGAUUACACACUCUGGCAUCUGCGGAUCCGACCUGCACACUCUGCGCUCCGGCUGGGGUGCCACCCCGUACCCCUGCGUCGUCGGCCACGAAAUCGUCGGCACCGCCGUCCGCGUCGGCUCCAAGGCCGAAGGUGGCAUCAAAGUCGGCGACACCGUCGGCGUCGGCGCCCAGUCCGACUCGUGCCUGGGCCGCGGCAAGAAGGACUGCGCCCCUUGCAAGGAGAAUGAAGAGCCGUACUGCAUCAACGGCGGCGUCAACACCUACGGCUCGAUCCACUACAACGGCGACAAGGCGUAUGGCGGCUACGCGCUGUAUCAUCGGGCCCCGUCGCACUUCGUCUUUAAGAUCCCCGACGGGCUCGCGCCCGAGUACGCGGCGCCGAUGCUCUGCGGCGGCGUCACCGUGUACUCGCCGCUCAGACACUGGGGCGUCGGCCCCGGCAAAAAGGUCGCCAUUGCGGGUGUCGGCGGCCUCGGCCACUUUGCCGUGCUCUUUGCCAAGGCGCUCGGCGCCGACGAGGUUGUGGGCAUCUCGCGCAAGGCGGCCAAGCGCAAGGAGGCCAUGUCUCUCGGCUGCGACGACUACAUUGCGACCGACGACGACAAGGACUGGGCCAAGCACAAUGCGAACCGCUUCGACGUCAUCAUCUCGACCGUGUCGUCGGCCAAGAUGCCCAUCGGGGACUACCUCGAGACGCUGGCGCUGGACGGCAGCAUGGUGCAGGUCGGCGCGCCCGAGGAGCCCAUCCCGGUGCCCAUGUUCUCGCUGCUCAAGGGCCGCCGCAGCCUCGCGGGGUCGGCGAUUGGCAGCCCCAAGGUCAUUCGCGAGAUGCUCCAGUUCGCGGCCGACAAGAAGAUUAAGCCGUUUGUGGAGAAGAGGCCCAUGUCGGACGCGAACCAGGCCAUCAUCGAUAUGGAGGAUGGCAAGGCCCGCUUCCGCUAUGUCUUGGUCAACGAAUAA